AGUUCUUGCAACAACACCGUCAUUACAAAUCAACUUUGGAAGUCUUCCGACUGACGCCCGAUACAUUCAACAAAAGUCUCGAUGAAUUGGUGAUUUUUCUUGCACAGGUCUGAACAACGUUAUGUCAAGUUGCAUUGGGAUCAGCAGUGUUGUGUUUGAGUUUCGAAAGCAUAAAGACUAUUGCUGAAUGCUUGAAUAGAUAGUUGGAGAGCAUAAUUUAUAUUAUUUCAAUUGUUUACUAAGUGUGCUUGGACUAUUAAUAUUAACAAUGGAUAAAAAAAUGGAAAAAUGCCUAAAUUCUCUCAGACAAAAAAUAAUAUGCAGAGACAAUCUUAUAAAAUGCUUGUUUUCUUUAAUUGGUCUUUCAGACGAAGAAAUGGUGCAAAGUAUUUUUGUACAUGGCCAUACAGCAAGUGGCAAGUCUCUGGUUAUCGAAUCUCUGUUGACCUACCUUGAGUAUAAUGUUUGCAUCAUCAACUGCGUUGAAUGUUACAGCAGUAAACUCAUCUACGAACACAUUUUAAACGAUUUGUCUCUGCAUGAAAUGAAUUCUAAAAAUAAUUUCACAGUUUACCAGAAGUGCGAUAACAUGAUGGACUUUAUUAUUUACCUACAAAUUGCAGUACAAAGUGAUCCGCGGCCUAUAGUUAUUGUUUUUGACAAAUGUGAUAGGCUGCGCGAUAUGGACAUGAAUUUAUUGCCUGCACUUGUCAGGUUGCGAGAAUUGACUGGCUUGAAUCUUUGCACAAUCUUUGUCAGUGACAUUGUUUGGGAAAAGUAUUACCCAAAAAAUGGUCUAUUAGAUCCUAUUAAAAUUCACUUCCCGCAGUACACUCGAGAGGACAUGUUGAAAGUAUUAUUUCUAUACAAGCCUAUAGAUUUCGAGGAUGGAUUUUACGUGAAUUACUUAAAUUUGUUUUUGUCUGUGUUUUUUAGAUGUUGUAGAGAUUGUAAUGAGCUACGGUAUAUGGCGAAAAUAAAUUUUGAUAAAUAUGUUGAACCCAUUGAAUCGGGUAAAAUUGAAAAGAAUGAUGUACGCUCGCUGUGGCGGAAUAUCUCUGGCAUUUUGAAAUCAAAUUUAGAAGUUGUAUAUCUCAGAGUUUCUGCUGAUGAUUCUGAGCAACGUACUAAACUGUGUCAAGAGAUUGAAUCUACAACAAAAUUGGCUUUGAGCUUUGAACUGCCGUUCUAUGCCAAGUACAUGCUCAUAGCUGCUUAUUUGGCUUCUUAUAAUCCAGCUAAAGAUGACAAACGCUUAUUUGUCAAACGUAGUAGUAAAAAGAAGAAACGAAAUACUGUCACUAAAAAUCCUGUCAAACUUAACACACAGUUAGGACCAAAGGCAUUUACUUUGGAUAGAAUGCUCGCAAUAUUCUAUGCGAUUCUUAACGAAAAAGUAGGUUUGACUGCCAAUCUAUUGGCACAAAUACCCACUAUGUGUCAGUUAAGACUGUUGAGCAUAGUGGGUGACAAUAAUUUAGACGGUCCCAAAUACAAGUGUUGCGUCAGCUAUGAUUUCAUUGUUAUCAUUUCAAAGACAGUUGGGUUCAAUGUUAGGAAUUAUUUGCAUGAUUUCAUUUAAUGUAUGUGUUUAACAUCGACUUUCCAGUUCUCAUGUUUAUU